ACUCGUUCCCACCCCAUGCCCAGCUACUCCUCUUGGGCUGACAUCACACAGAAUCUCACCAAUCUAUUUAAACUGCAACAGGGCAAAGCCAACCCCUGGAGCCAGGAAUCCUGCCUCCAUGUGCUGCUGAGGCUGCCCCUCCACUAUCUGGUAGGAGAAAAGCCAGUCAACAUGCCACCCAAGAAGGAUGCCCCAGUGAAGCGGCCAGCAGCCCCACCAGCCAAGCCAGCGACCAAGCCAGCAGCCCCAGCCCCGAAAGGCAAAACGCCAGACACGGGACCAGCUUCAGAGAAGCCCAAAGAGCCUCCAAUUGACCUCUCCAAAGUGGUGAUUGAAUUCACUAAGGAGCAGUUAGAGGAUUACAAGGAGGCCUUUGGGCUCUUUGAUCGGGUCGGUGAUGGCAAAAUCCAACUGGGCCAAUGUGGAGACGUGAUGAGAGCCCUGGGCCAAAACCCCACCAAUGCUGAGAUCAUGAAAAUCCUGGGACACCCCAAGCCCGAUGAGAUGAAUUCGAGACGGGUGGAGUUUGAAGAGUUCCUGCCCAUGCUACAGACCGUUGACAAGAAUAAAGACCAAGGCACCUACGAAGACUAUGUGGAGGGGCUGAGGGUCUUUGAUAAAGAGGGGAAUGGCACCGUCAUGGGGGCAGAGCUACGCCACGUCCUUGCCACUCUCGGUGAAAAAAUGACCGAAGAGGAAGUGGACACCCUAUUGGCUGGGCAUGAAGAUGCCAAUGGUUGCAUUAAUUAUGAAGCCUUUGUUAAACACAUCAUGGCAAGCUGAACAGAUGUCAACAAAGCUGCUUAAAAUGGUGCUGAAUGGCUGUACAUUUCAAGCAGGGCUCCUCAGUCCUUUACUUCCCAGUACAGUCAAUAUUCCUGUUUUUUCUGUCUUUGUCUCCUCUCCAGCCAAUUUUGACUGAAAAGUAAUCUUAUUUAUAUUACAAUGUGGGAACAUCAGUGAGAGAUCACAUAUUGAACCAGAAGGGGGCACCAUUGAAAUGAUACAGCAUCUAUGAGAACCAAAAUCAUAUGAUACAAACAAUUUUGUUCCUUUCUGGACAAUAAAAUAUUUGAUUUUCA